AUGCUUUCUACCCGUUUGGGUCAGGCGCUCAAACACUUCAGUCUUUCCCACACACGGGAGCAGGGAGCGGGGAUCGGUCCCGGGAAGCCCAGAGGUGGCUUGAGGCGCGAUGGUCCACGGUGCUCCUUUUUGGUGGGAGUUGGAGAGCAGUUACGCCGCUGCGGGACAGGCAAGUCGAGUUCAGCUCGAUGGGAAAAGGAUCGGCCAUUUGUCCGGGCAGCGAGCUCCAACCGGGUUGAAGUUGUGGACCCCUGGAUUGCGCAGGGGAGUGGGCCGCGCUCCAAGACGCGGCCCACUGGCCCCGAGGAAGUUUCAAAGAAAGUUCCCAAAAGGUUCACAAGCAAAAGUUAA